UCCGAUGGACAAGCUUGUACGCUACUGCUUUACUACAGCUGAGAGAACCCCAUUGUCUGAGAUUUUACCCUCCUCAUUGGCUCUUCCUUUGCCAGCAUCUGACAGCUGGAAUGGCUCCUUGCAUAUGAUGCCGAACAAAAACUCAAGAGGGCCUGUGACAACACAACCAACUCGCGCUAGUGGUGUCACAACCACCAUCACAACCAUCGUGCGUACUGGAGGCAACUGGUCCACUGGCCUGUUUGAUGUCUGCAGCGACAAAAGAGUCUGUGUCUGUGGUUCACUGUGCAGCUUGUGUCUGGAGUGCAGUAUUGCAAGCCGAUUCGGGGAGUGCUUUUGUUUCCCUCUGCUGCUGGGUUCCACCUUGGCCUUAAGAGUUGGCACCAGGGAGAGUCACAAAAUACGUGGAACCCUGUGUGAAGACUGGAUGGUAGUUCAUUGUUGCUGGCCUUUUGCAGUCUGUCAAAUGGCCCGGGAAAUGAAGAGGAGACCUACAUUCCAGGUCUACGAAAUGCACACAUCUCCUCCUCCUCCUCCUCCAGUUGAAGAUGCCCUUGUUUGAAAACCUUCAGAGGUGAUUGGCUCAUGAUGCUUCUUCCUCUUCCCCUUGCAAUGACAAAAUUGGUUAUAUUGUUAAAUAAAUAAUGCAUUCA